AUGCUACCUCUGCCCGCCCUGUUGACGGCUGGAAGUUGGUCUUCCCUCUUCGCCCCUUUCAACACUGUCUACGCGCCCUCUCAACCCAGCAUGAAAGAUAUCCUGCUAGGCAUGACAGCAAUAGCUUCCACAGCAUUCUCAGAUUCGCCACAAACGACACCGCAAUGGCACGGUCUAGGCUACUGCGGCUCCCACGGCGUGAUUAAGUUGCCACCAUCAGUCAAGGCCAGAAAAGUGCCAAUGGGUUGUGAGGACACUGCAAGUAAAUCCGAAGACACCGAAACGGCAGACUCGCAACAUGAGCGCGCGGCCGAAGAACCCAGAAACCCAUCAUCGGUCGGCCUCGGUGACUCACCAGCUCCUCUUCACCUCCCAGAGACAAGCACAUUAUCCAAACAUCUCCACGACAUCAACUGGCUGAAGCUCUCCAUCCAAAGCACCAUCCAACUCGUAUGCCCAGCCACGAUACCGUUCAUCGCCGCCGCGAACAUGCUCGAGAACGGCUACGACAUCUACGAGAAAGGCUUCACGCGCGGAAAUGUCUUCGGUCUCGCUGUGGCAGGUCUAGUGCUUUUUGGACCUGGAGGUAAUGAGCUGCUAAGUGCUGCCGGAUUCGACAAGCUUAGCAGCGAAAUAUCAGUCCUCUCAGUACGGUGGUGCUACGCCUGCGGGUGGUGGAUUUGCGUGGGCGCAGGCACGCGGGAUGAGAUCCUGAGAUGGAGCGGAACUCAGAUUUGA